AUGAAGUCAGUGAAGGAAGAGAUGUCGGAUAUGAGAAACUCUAUGGACUUCAUGAACUCUAAGUUUGAAUCACUGCUUAAAGAACAUAAAGAAACCAAGAAGGUCAUGGUCGAACUACAAAAAGAAAAUAGUGUGUUGCAGUCGAACGUUAGGGAUCUUAAUGCGCGUAUUAAUACCCUCGAACAAAACGCGCGAUCUGCCAACGUUGAAAUACAAUGUGUGCCCGAACGAAAAUCAGAAAAUUUAGUCCAUAUUGUGACUCAACUGGGUGCAGUGGUCGGGUGUGCUGUCCCGCAGGAACAAAUAGCACAUUGUAGUCGUAUCGCUAAAACGAAACCCAAUAGUUCGAGACUGAAAUCGGUUGUAGUUCAGUUCGCUAGCAGGAAAAUUUGCGAUGAGUUUCUAGCUGCGUCGAUAAACUUCAACCGAGGAAAGUCAAAAGAAGAAAAGCUCAACAGCUCACACCUUGGCUUCAAUGGCGAAAAAACUACGAUAUACAUCGUUGACCAUCUGUCCCCCAUGAAUAAGAGGCUACACGCUGCCGCCAGGACGACUGCCAAAGAGAAGGGCUGCAAACACGUAUGGGUCAGAAAUGGUCGUAUUUUUAUGAGAAAGACGGAUGGCUCCGAUUAUAUUCUUGUACGCGAUUUAGACUCAUUGAAUAACCUUAAAUAG